AUGCACACCCUCCUAGACACCUCUUUUCGUCCUCAUUCUGAUUCAAUCGUUGACUACUUGUGUCCACGGCAGACCGUCCUCAGCCGAGAAACCUCGAGCUCAGUGACGUGUGCAUCUGUGGCCUGUUCGGGCUUCGCCCAUUCUCUCCUCGCAACAAAGAACGCUCCAGGACGCUCGGAAGGGAUUUGGCCGGCCAAGUAUACGGGCAUGGAGCAGCUGCAGACAGAGGCGAAGAAAUUCGACGCCAGCAUGGCCAGUGCGCCCGACGUGGACGUCGAGACAACCUACGACUGCAUACCGCCCGCGCAGAACUUCAAUGGCGGUGUGUGGUUCUUGGAGUAUGUUGUGCCGACAUGGAUGGCAAAGAUCAAAUUCGAGGCGGCGGCUGCAGCGGUCACUAUCGUGCGGCUCUUGCGAGACAAUAAACAUUUGAAAGAGGGUCACGCAGACCACGCCAUGGCGAAAAUAAGCCUGGAUCUUUCCUCCACAUUCCAAGAUGAACCCGUGCGACUGCUUCUGGACGAGCUCAGAAGAUCUCUAGGGAAAAUGCCGAUGAGAAAGCCGCCUGAGAUAUACCGCAAUCUCAUCAGCACAAUGACAGUAGGCCCCGCGCGCCCGGAGGAAGAGCGUGAGAGACGCAUAGAUAUCGCUUACACUUUCAAGUAUAAGUUCCCAGUGGGGGUCGACGGUCUUGGAAAUACUCGUCAAACAGUUUAUGCAUCGAUGCCGAGCCUUAGGGCCACAGAAAAGCCACACACUACUAACGCCAAGGCGAUCAUCGAAUCCAGUAAUGUCAGAAAGACGCAGACGCAGCUAAUCGAGGAAAAUCUUCUCCCCUCAUCCGACUUGCGCCUCACGGCAAACAAGGCUCUCGUCAGCCAGCCCACUCACCAGCAGAUCAUGGAUAAGGCGCCCGCCUUCCCGCAUACCUCCCGUCCGCUCGGCUUGCCGUUCGAGAUGAACGCAUUGAAGAUGAACUUCCCGCCGUUCGACGUGCUGCAAUGGGAGUAG